CAUAUUUAAACUGAUAUGUCUGUGAUGUCAAUAGCAGCGCAACCAGCUACCGUAAUAACUGUAGUCUGUGCGCAACAUUUUUUAUCUCAUUCAUAAAAGGCUAAAAUUGGGGACGUUUUCAGGGACAGCUUUAGACGGGGGGACAUGUCAUGCUAAACGGGGGCUGUCCCCAAAAACCAGGGACAUCUAGUCACCCUAAAAACUCGAAAAAACCUACACAGCACCUUUUUUUUGGUACAAGUCUGAACCGAUAUACCGCCCAGCCCUAGGUCAUCGGUUAAUUUGCUAUUUUCUAAUGAAGCUGCAAAUAUUACAGCUGAGAGGAGACCCAGACAUUUAAAUCUCAUCGUAUAAAUCUGCCAGAAAGUUUUCACAUCGAAAUCUAAUCUACGUUUGACACAGGACGAGUUAAGGACUUAGACAAGAGCUUGAAAAUAAUACUAGUUUCCAACCAAAUGCAGGUAAAAUCAGUUUCCAUCCAUUGUUUUGGCAGCUAUCUGUGUUUUUUUUAUUUAUAAAAUAAAAAAAAAUCCAGGAAACACUGUGAGAAACCCAGGAUAUAAACAUCCUCCGCCCCGUCGGCUGAGCAAGAGCGCGUUCUGCGAUGGAUUUCUGAUGAAUGACUUACUAGAAGCGUCCCACUGUGCCGCCCUGCCCCUGUCUCUUUCACUGCACUCUUGCCCCUUUUCUCCCCCGAUCGACAAAAACCCAUUGUUGUCUCUUUACUCAGCCCCUAAAAGCCGACCACUGUGGCGGCACGCGCUACCUGUGCAUUCACGCGCUCCUCCUAUUCGGACACACACACAAAAAAAAAAAUAAAAAAAUCGAUAGCGACUAACAACUCCACUGACAACAAUGUGCCAAAUAUAAUGUUUACAAUACUGUGUAAUUUAUGGUUUUUGUACGUAGAGCAGACCACACUCUGUGUUUUAUUUUUUAUAGAUGGCCUGUAGAGUUUAGAGUAUAGCGGAGACAGAGCGUCUCCUUAAAUGCAGUGUAACAUGCUACUUCCUUCCUCGUAUAGAUUUGUGUCAGUCUGAUCUAGUUAGGUGAGGACAGAUGACGGUGUCCAGCUCCUUCGCCGUCGUCUUGCUAAUUGUAUUUUAUGUACAGCGGUAAUAAAACGCUACAGUCUCACAUCUGGAGUCUUUAAUUGUUUGUCCGAGCUUAAAAAAAAGUUAGAAUUAUGGCUGAAUUUGUGCACGUUUAAGAAUCGCAAAGCUUUAAUGUGUCUUAUAAUUACACGUAAAGAAGAAUGUGAGCCAACAUACACAGAAUUACCAGGUCAUUAGGUACAUGUCCAUCUAACUCUUAGCUUUAUGAAGGUUGUGGUAUUGAGCAUCUGUUUAAAUUAACUGUUGGUUCAGUUGUGUAGCAGGACUAUGUAACUGUACGAUGUUGUAAAGACACGUGUUUCUUAUUAUUUUGACAUUUAGAAAGGAUAAGUAACAGAAACAGCUUUUCUGUUUAACUACAUCUUUGAAAAAAAAAUGAUCGUACAGUUGAAUUACAGUCACGAAGAGUCGUGAGGGUGGAUUUAAACGCUUUCUUCUUUGAUUUUGUUGAACUUGCCAGCACCACUUUUGAAUCCUCCUUCACUUUUACACCUUAGACACAAAAGAAAACUUCAAACAGGAGCCAAAUCCAUCUGAGGGAGGAAUACAAACCGGUACGUUGUAGUGUAGUAGAGAUUGAAACAGAAAAAAGGAAGUAACUGCCUUUGUCCAUUAUUCCGCCGCUCUUGUUAGGAACAUACGGGGUGUUUAAUGGAACACAUGAUCAUUUAAUAAUGGCUAAACCAUUCAAUCUCUUCUAAUAUCGUUUUUCCGGUAAGUAUUUUUCAUUAAACAAGGCACAGGAGAACAGGAUGUUGCAUUCGAGCAGUGGGGGUCACAGGUUCGUAUAAUUCAAUAUUUAUUCUAAUGAUUCUAAUGAAACUGCAAAAUUCAAAGCUUCUCCACAUCAGCUGAGUGAUUGAGAGUCUGAGACGUUUAAAUAUCUUGUAGUGUGACCGUUCUUUAUGCUCACAUGUGGCAGUGUUGAAUCUUGGAAAUCUGCCAGAAAUUAUAGAAAUGAAAUCUGUGUUUGAAACGGGGAGAGUGAAGGACUUGGACAAGAGCUUAAUAAUACUGCAAGUGUCCAAAUCAAUGAAGGUAAAGUCAUAUUUUAUUAUUUUACUCUUGAAGAGGGGACAGCAGCAUCUGUUUGAACCAGUCAGAGCUCUGAGUAAAUGCUGCAUGAUGCAAUAAGUUGUUUUCUUGCGGUUUCACUGAUAAAACUCAUUAUAGGAUUCAACAAACACAGCUGACAAAACCACCAACUUCUUAUUUUUUUAACCGUGUUACAACUGCGAUUUCUCAAGAACAAUACGACCUGGAGUGAUUGUGACUUUUGUGACUUUGUGCACUUUGACCAGUUAAGUUCUCUCUCUUCAUCUCCUGAUGACGGAAAAUAAAAUAAAGAAUUCAUUCCCUGUCAUAUAAACAACUGGGUAGAUUAGACCUUUAUGAAGCAAAGUGGGACAAAUACUUAAAAUUCUUAAAGGGCUCCUGAAAAGGGUUUUUAGUGGAGAGAUGCACGUCUUUAGAUAGUGUGGAAUCUGAAAAUGCUUGUUACUUCCUUUUUAUUUUUUUGUGUUUUAUUUGUAGUCUUUCUAUUCGUUAACAAAAUGUCUCUUUUGUUGCCGUACUUAUUUUAUUGAUUUGCUGUAUCAGCCUUGUAUGGACGUGUCUUCUGUGUCUGUUUUUGUUGAUUGUCUUUUAUUAUUUUGCAUUCUAUUUUAUUCUUUCAUCAUCAUUAAUGCAGCCAGUGUAGCUGUAGUAUAGCAGCUGUGAAUGGGAAGUGUUCCUAUUAUUGUUGCUGUUGAAAUAAUGAAACUAAAAAAAUGUUAAUCAUAAGAAAUGAAUGCGUUCCCUAGCGUCUCUAAUGUUUUGGCACGUGUACCAAACCUCACUAUGGGCGUGAUUGUUUUUUUGUUUUUUUUUGUUUUUUUUUUUUUGGAUGGAUUGCCUCAUCUUUUAGCUGCCCAGCAGAGGAACUGGGUUUGUGUGUUCACGUCUGCCCCCACGUGGGUAAAGCAACUAGCGCACCGGGAGUCACCGCGUCCUCCUGCCGCCGAGGUUACUCAUUAACCUCGUCCUCCAGUCUCAGUCACUCAGGACGAGGACACACAUCGAGGCAUGCUGCCGCCCGGCCCGGCCGUCUCAUCUUCCUUACAUCCAUGGGCGACUGCAACCACCACUGCGAGCGGGCUCCGUCCGGAGAGGGCGACGCGACGGUGGAGUUUCACGGAGCGGACACGCGCCACCAAACACCCGGCGGCGGCGGCGGCGGCGACGACGACGGAGCGACGGCGGGGAGGAUUCAUUUGCUAAGUGACAGCCGCGUGUCGUGGGUUAACGGGGACGCUAAUAACGAUGAUGAGGAGGAGGAAGAGGAGGAAGUGAGAGGAGGCGAGAUCCCAGCGGAAAGCAGCGAGGGGAAAACGCUGUGCCUGCCGUCCUUUUGCGUCAGACGCGAGCCCGCAUCCCGGGAAGGAGGCGCACGUGAAGGCCCAGAGAAACCAAAGAAAUGUCCCGGCAUUGGUUUGUUCUACGCCUUCCUGUCCACAGUCUUCUUCUCCGUCAUUGCCCUCUUGGUGAAAACCAUCCAGGGACUCCACGCCAUAGAGAUCAGCGCCAUACGUUGCUUCUUCCAGAUAGUCUUCGUUGCGCCGUUACUCAUCUAUUACAAGACAGGUUUCCUCGGUCCCCGGGAGAAACGCGUGUACCUGGUGCUUCGGGGUUUCCUCGGCUCCAACGCCAUGAUCCUGCUCUUCUAUGCAGUUCAGCAGAUGCCGCUGGCGGACGCCACCGUCAUCAUGUUCAGUAAUCCAGUUUUUACCUCCCUCCUGGCUUGGAUCUUCCUGAAGGAGAAAUGUACAAUCUGGGACUGCGUCUUCACCGUUUUUACCCUAACCGGAGUCAUCCUCAUAGCCCGGCCGCCGUUUCUCUUCGGCGAUCACACCCGCGGCAUCGAGGGCAACUACUCGAACCACAUCAAGGGGACGAUUGCCGCCUUCGCAGGAGCCAUCGGAGCCGCUUUCACGUUCGUCAUCCUCCGCAAGUUGGGUAAGAGCGUCCACUACUACCUCUCCGUCUGGUACUACGCCGUCAUCGGCCUGAUCGAGUGCAUCAUCGCCUUAUCCGUCCUCGGGGAGUGGAAGCUCCCGUCCUGCGGCCGCGACCGCUGGCUGCUGAUGCUGAUCGCCGUCCUGGGCAUCGUGGGCCAGACCUUCCUCACCAAGGCCCUGCAGAUCGAGAAGGCCGGCGCCGUGUCCCUGAUGAGGACGGUGGACGUCCUGCUGGCCUUCAUCUUCCAGUUCUUUUUCUUUAACCGCGCGCCCACCUGGUGGAGCCUCGGAGGGGCUCUGUUCAUCGUGGCGAGCACCAGCGGGAUAGCACUUAGGAAGUGGAUUAGCAAUUCACGCAAGAGCUGAGAAGGGACACAUAACAUUUUAACGUUACUCUACUCUUUUCUGUUGCAAUCAUAUGUUCUUGAUUUACUUGUUUUCUCCACGCAGACCUGUGAGGAUGUUCAGGCUCUUUGGGGAGCGUAAAUGGAAAGGCCCAGUCUAUUUAGAGGUUAGAUAAGAGCUCGUGGUAGUUUGAGUUAAACUCUGUGCAUCUAUACAUGUUGAUUCUAUAAGAGUCUCUUCUAUAUAAGAGUCAACUUGUGUGAUUUAUCGUAUGCAUUUAUUUUUGUAUACACAUCUCUGAUUAUAAGGCUUUGCUCAGACUGCAAGCACAAAUCUUAACAGCCAACAGUUUUAUUUAUUUUUCCAGAAGUGACCAGAACGGACGUUACGGUGCAACGUAGUUAUCAGUAACGACGUUGCUCUGCUUGAUUUUAUUUUGAAUGAACUGCUUUCCACUGUGACAAAGAUGCGUCGCAUUAUGAGGACUGUAUAGAGGAGAUGGAGGACAGGACAGCUCCUUUAAAGUGAAACCGAAGCAAGUAGAGCUCCCCCUAGUGACUAACUGCAGUACAGGCUGUUUAAGCUCCGCCUCCUCAUAUUAAUGGGUUAGACUUGGUCCUUAAAAUUAAAACACUAACGUAUACGUCCAGUAUUUAUUUUUUAAGGUCCACUAGAUGGCCGCUUUUAUUUUCUGUUCUGUUUUCGGUAGCUAGCUGUUGCUAACGACCGCUCUGUGAAGAGGGGAGCGUGAGAUUAGGAAUAUAAAUGAAUAAGCUGUGUACUUGGGACAGCAAUGCUCCAAGCUCUAAAAGUGGCAGUGCCCGUAUCCCCAGGAUACCAGCGUCGGUUUGACCAAAUGGGAGGAAGUGGAGAUGCGUCGGCCAUGUUUUUAUACAGUCUAUGCUGAGAACAUGGUUAGAGAACUUAAUCAGUUUUGAAACCAGUUAUUCAAAAUGUCACGUUCUUAAAAUCCUUCCGGAUGCAAUCUGGAUUUGACUGAGGCUGCAGUCUAAACACGCCGGACUUCAAAUUAAUUUAUUUCAGUUUGAUCGACGAUAUCCGCAGUCCCAUUUGUUUUGCUGUAGAGAGGUUUACUACAUGGGGACCAUUCAUACUGUGUCAUACUCAAAAACACAUAUAUAUAUAUUUAUAUUUCUUUUAAGUAUCACAAUAUUUUAUGGUUUGUACUUGAAUGCUCCAAAAAUUACUUUCUAUAUCGGUGCUGUAAUGACGCGUUAUAAAAAAAAAUGUAAAAAAUGCCAAGCAAACAUUUGCAUUGCACAAAGCCAUUCCAAAUAUUUGACUUAUUGCAAUUAAUAUAAAAGCUGAAUUGGCUGCGUUUCGACUUGAAAUCACAUGGUCACGCCGUGUGAUUCACUCUUUUCCUCAGGGAUUUCCCACCUGUUUAUAAAACCCAAAUUUAUGAUAUGAAUUUUCCUUUUCCCUUUUCUACAAUGAUGUCUUUGAAGUGCCUUACGUAGUGAAGUUUAGCCCCUCCCCCUUUUCCCCUUUAACGUAGCUGAUCAGUAGCCAGCAGCCUCGGGUGCACAUGCACGCGAAUAUGACGUUAGCGUUCUUGGGGAUUUACCUAAGAUGCCGCCUUAAUUCUCAGCAGUCUAAAAACAACCUUUUCUAUGAUGCAAAAAAUAAAAAAACUAGUGCGAUGCUGUUAGUCUAUGCUGGGGGGCGGAGACAACGCAUCAUCGGCUGACAAUCAGCACAAUGACUGCUUGUGUAAUGAUGACUUCUCACUUAAUUCAAGGGCCUAAAGCAGAACGAGGAGCAUCAUCAGACUCAAAACGACGACAUUAAGGUUUUAAGAGUCGUCUGCGGAUACGUUUAACUCCCUUCAUUUAAAUAUUUCAAAGCAAAGACAGUGUGUUUUGUGCUCAAAGCAAUUUUACCUUGUAUCUGCGUUUCUUUUUUUGGUAGGACGCCCUUUAAAAUUCUCUAUUUCAAGUAAAGUGGCUCUUAAUUUAUUAUGUUUGCGUCUGUGUGUAAGUCGUACUGUUCCUGCGGUGCAGUUGCAGUCCUCUGUAACACUGUUUACUCGGGUGCAACGCAGCCAGAGGAGGAAGGCCAUUAGUGUCGCCACACUGCUGCUUAAUAUCCCAUUUAUUUUUUCGCACACUCGUGUUUCUGUUCUCGUUCCACCGCCUCACAACAACUGUGCGCCUCGCAACAACUGUGCGCGCUCCUAAUUAGCCCCUGCUACAGAUCUUUAUUCCACACAUUAAAGGGUAACCGGGCACUGAAACUUUGCACGUUACUGUUUUCAUAUAUUUUAUAAGAGCGAGUAUAUAUGUUAUUUUUUGAAAAUUCUCUUAAGAAGUCAAACGUGGCACGGUGUGACGCCUCCCUGAGAGUUUACUUGAUUGAAUUUACGUUUAAUCUGCUGUGGUUUUGAGAUUCAUCCCGACUGUGCACGAAAAAGAAUAUUCUGUUAAACUGAGAUAAUAUUUUAUUGCAAAAAUGGAGCGAAAAAAAGAGCGAAACCCAAUGAUUAAGUUACAACUUGUGCAACAACAAUCACUAUUUAGAGUCAUGUGUGAUGUAUAAUCCUAUUACUCUCUGGUUAGAGACACUGUGACAUGUAUUAAUCAUUGUUCAUAGUACAGCAGGAUAUUGUGGUCGCUGCAUAAGAUGGAUUUUUUUUUUUUUUUUUUUUUCUUUACAUGAUUUAUAUCCAUCAUAUAAUUAGUUUAGUUGACUUGAAUGCUGGUAGUGUAAGCACAAUGUGUUGUAUUUCCAUCAGAGGUAAACAGUCUCAGGACCUAUGUAAGCCUUACAAACCUAAUAAGGGUUUUUUUAUAUAUAUAACUAUGCUUUAAUACUUUUUUAAUUUGACUGUUUCUGUGAAAUAUUACUUGAACACACAUUAGAGGGUGUGUGUGCGUGUGUGUGUGUGUUUGGUGAUAGAUUAUAUUUAGUAUGGUAUGAUUUAAUAAUAAAUUCUGGAUGAAUUUAUAA